GCCGUCCACAGAACGAGCUGGAGGAAAAACUGGAGCGAAACCGUCAGCGGAUUCUAACCGUGCGGUACAUAAGCGGCGGACACCCAGCCACCCGGUCUUGCUCGGAGGGCAGGAGUGACUUCUGAUUCCGCAACCGAGAGCAGCAGAGCCCGGGCCCGGCGGCGGUAAGAGCGAGAGCCAGGGGUGUGCUGCUUUCGCCGGCGAUGGGGCGGUGGUGGGAGAGCGCCAAGAGCGUGUUCGGCGACGGCAGGGACGGCGGCGAGGACGGCGAGGAGGACGGCGGGAGCGUCGGCUGCUUCCCGAGGAUCAGGAGGAAGCGGUCCAGGAACACGUACGCUUGCACGGCGGAUCCAGAGAAACGAAAAGGCCACGGCGGCGGCCCCGUCCCGGAGGAGGUGGUGACGGUGGAGGUGCCGGAGGUGCCACUGCGGGAGCUGAACGAGAUCACGGCGUCCUUCUCGGACGAGCGGCUCAUCGGGCAGGGCUCCUACGCCAAGGUGUACCGCGCCAUGCUGCGGGGCGGCCACCCCGUCGUCGUGAAGCGGCUGGAGAAGCCCUCCAAGCACGCCUCCAACGUCGUCUUCCUCAAGCAGCUGUCGGUGGCGUCGCGGCUCCGGCACGGCAACUUCGUCCGCCUGCUCGGCUACACCAUCAGCAACGACCUCCGCGUGCUGGUCUACGAGUACGCCACCAUGGGCACCCUCCACGACGUCCUGCACGGGGACAGGGAGUCGCUGGCGCCGGGGCAGGGCGGCGACGGCGGCAGGCCGGUGCUGAGCUGGAUCCACCGCGUGCACAUCGCGCUGGACGCGGCGAGGGGCCUCGAGUACCUGCACGAGGUGGUGCGGCCGGCGGUGACGCACAAGGACGUGCGCUCCACCAACGUGCUGCUCUUCGACGGCUUCCGGGCCAAGAUCGCCGACUACAACAUGUUCAGCCAGGCCGCCGACAUGGCCAGGCUCAACCGCUCCACGCACACGCUCGGCUCCUUCGGCUACCAGGCGCCCGAGUACGCCAUGACGGGGCAGAUGACGGACAAGAGCGACGUGUACAGCUUCGGGAUCGUCCUGCUGGAGCUCCUCACGGGGAGGAAGCCGUUGGACCGGACGCUGCCGCAGGGCCAGCGAAGCCUGGUCAACUGGGCGACUCCGAUGCUGACGGAGGACAGGGUUCAGGAAUGCAUCGACCCGAAGCUUGGCGACCAGUAUCCUCCUGCCGGAGCUCUCAAGCUCGGGCGGAUCGCGGUGCAGUGCCUGCAGUACGACCCGACCUUCCGGCCGUCCAUGGGCACCGUCGCCCGCGUGAUCAACUACGCCGUCUUGCGAGACCAGCAGGGCGUGGUCUGAUGGCCGCCCGUGUGGAGAUGCCAAGUUUUGCCCUCGCCCAUGGCGACCACUGCAGCUGUGAAUCCAUUCGAGCAUGUCUUGUCCUAUGCAAAUUAUCAUGUAUAAGCUAGCCAUGUUUGAGCAACAGCUAUUCUAUAGGAGUCUAUGAAAGCAGCCCAGAGCGAUUGGGGUCAAGUAUGGAAGAUGGGCCAGUGUGUAAUAACACUGUAUAUAUAAUUUUUUACGGAACAUAAUUCUUUGAAGAGGUACAGAAGAAAAGUUGAACAGGGACCAA